GAGAAAUCAUGUAUCGACAGCAUCCUCUUAUCUGCCUCGAUGACCGCGGUACGCCGCUCCGCCAUAUACAGGCAGUCGGAGUAAAUCAGACUAUUUCACAUAGAUUAUAAAUCUCUGCUGCAGCUUUGAGUGCUUCUUCUACAAAUUGAUCAAUUAAGACCGUUAUUUUGAAGCUGCAUAUAUUCAUUCCUCUUACAUGAGUUCCUACGAUGAAAUCAACGAAUCCCGGCCUUAGCUCCACAUUUGCGAAUAACGACGAGGAUGGCCGCACCAGCCAGUCUCGACGGACAGCCUGCGAUGUCUGUCGAGAACGAAAGGUGAGAUGUGACCGUAGCUAUCCACAAUGCGGCCGGUGUCUCCGUCUCCGACACAAAUGCCAUUACACACCCUCCACCAAGAGUAAUUCGAUUGAUGUACCGCAGGCAUUAAUGAAACUGGAUUCACGAAUCGCUCAAGCAGAAGCACGAUUAGCUCUUGGACAGAGUAGUAUGAUGGCCUACUCCAGCCCUUUUAUGGAUCCCGCCAGUUAUGCUUCCUUGAACUGGCUGGAUGCAAGCCAAGUCAUGGCCCAAUACCCAGAAAUAAGCUACGACGAAAUACCGGGCAUGAACGUCAGCCUCGAUCCGUCGUCUUUUGAGAGCAUAGAUGUCAGCUGUGAGAUGAUGAAGCAGACACUGGACCAGUUUCAAGUAGGAAGUGACCAUGACCGUGAUCAUGUCUUUCAUCCGGAUGCAAUCCCUUCUCCAGAUAUGGCCAUGUCCAGCCCAGAAAACAUUCAAUACGGUUCGCCAAAUGUGUCUUUAGUCAACCUGUUGUCUUGUCCGAUCCAUCCAGAGAGGCAUUUGCCUAUAGCAAGGGAAACUUUGAUUGGACCACACCGACAGUAUUUUGAAUGUUUACAUCCACUUCUACCAAUGAUUGAUCGUAGCCGCUCCAUUGCGGCUUUAGAGGAUGGCUCCAGCCAAUCUCCCGAGGUUAACAGCUUGAUAUAUGCAAUUGCUAUGGCUGGUGCUGGAAUUAACAAGGAAAGCGAUGAGCUUGUCUCCGCAUGCCACCACCACGCAAGACGAUGUUUGGAGGACGCUGAGCGGGAGUACCCGGGCGUCCGCUUUUUGAGUAUCCAUGCUCUGCAAGCGAUGCUCCUGAUUACCUACCAUGAAUUCAAAAAGCAGGACUUUUCGAGGGGUUGGAUGAGUCUCGGGCGUGCUUUGCGAUUGACCAGGCUGAUGGGCCUGCAUGAAAUGGAUAUGGAGGCAUCACCAAAUAACUCAACUACUGACCCGGCAUUACAACUCCCGCUCCAAAAAGCGACCACCCUGGCUGAAAUCGAAGAGAGAAGGCGAACCUUUUGGGUAGCAUAUAUACUGGAUACAUGGGCCUGCAGCCGCACCAAUUCAUCCAUCAGCUUUGGAAUAGAUGAUAUUUUUACUUCUCUUCCUUCUACCGCUACAUCCCCAGAAUUUCACACAGUGGAAAAAGUGAUACGCCUGAACGAGGCAGUGUGCUGCGGCGAUGAUAGGCCACUUCCCCCUGUGUCCGCGUUUGCUGGACUAGCUAUUGUAUGUGGGCUAGCAGCGAUAUGCAAUCGUCAUGGCAGGAUCUCGCAAAGACAACAAAAACAACAGCAUAGAAGAAGUUCAUCUGCAACAUCCAGCCCCUUGGAAAGCGAGGAAGGUGGGGGAUAUCCCUUUUGGGUGCAGCACUUCGCCAUUGACAAGAAGCUUCAAGUCGUUUCUCAUUGUCUUUUUCAGCAGCUCCAGGCGCGGCAACAGCAACAAUUGCAGUUAACCCACCAGCAACAACAACCGCAACAGAACAAUACUGUCGCACCAUGUGAUGCAUCGGUUUUGAUUGUAUACUUGAAUUUUUAUGCUGUCAGUAUAUACCUUCAUAAGAUUGCUGCCGAACGGUCUGUCAGCACCUCGGUGCCAGAUUCAUUGAGGGAAGAGACUGAUCGGCGGUGCGAGGCCGCUGCGGUACAAAUGGUUUCGGUUCUGCAUCGAAUGCACUCGAGAGAUACCUAUAAUAUGAAUAUCUUGAAACAAGCAAAUUCAUUCGUUCUUUGGUCCCUAACAUGUGCUGGACGAAUCUUGAGUCAGCUACUGGAUAGUAGUAUCCCAGGCAAAAAUCAACGACGUCUACAUGGUACCUUAGAAAUACUGUACGAGACUAUGAACGAAUUAGAUGACGACUCGGGAUCGUGGGAUGAGACAAUCACCAGUAUCGGAGAGCAGCUGCAACAGAUUUCAUUAUCUUGGAGAUCAACCCCACAAGCAUGUCACCACAAUGACUCCCAAUUUAUAUUAUGAUGUUCUCAACGUACAAGUUCAAUGCAUUCGAUUUUUGGUGAUAUACAUCUGUUGGUUUAGCCGGGUCCUGGAUCACGAAGUACAGGAUUGCGGCAAGAGCAGUCCAACUGCCCUACGUGGUGAGCCUGGUAAUAUUGAAGUUAUUCCUAAUAUUAUGACUGGUUCUCAAAAAAGAGAGGAGAAGGAUAAUGACAUGCAAGUAAAGGGGAUAUCCCCAGGUAGGUGAAACGGAAUAACUAAUACUCCGGUGCUGAUACUCAACACCUGGGAAUUCCCGUACACACAACAUCAUUAGUUUCAUUUGUUCAUUAAAUGGGCGCAAGAUAUUGGUACAUUUUGGAAUUCCAAAA